UUUUUUUUCUUCACUCUCUUUCUCCUUUCUAAAGAAUCAAGCAUGUCAUACACUACUCCUGCUAACCUCCACUCCAACAAGACUGAAGAAAACGGUGCUGAAUCCUUCAGCAUCAAGGCUGGUCUUGCUCAAAUGUUGAAGGGUGGUGUUAUUAUGGAUGUCAUCAAUGCCGAACAAGCCAGAAUUGCUGAAGAAGCUGGUGCUUGUGCUGUCAUGGCUUUGGAGCGUGUUCCCGCUGAUAUCCGUAAGAAUGGCGGUGUUGCCCGUAUGUCUGAUCCCAAGAUGAUCAAGGAAAUCAUUGAAGCUGUCACCAUUCCUGUCAUGGCCAAGGUCCGUAUUGGUCACUUUGUUGAAGCUCAAAUCAUUGAAUCUAUCGGUGUUGAUUACAUCGAUGAAUCCGAAGUCUUGACCCCUGCUGAUGAAGCCAACCACAUCAACAAGCACAACUUCAAGGUGCCUUAUGUUUGUGGUGCUAAGAACCUCGGUGAAGCUCUUCGUCGUAUCAACGAAGGUGCUGCCAUGAUCCGUACCAAGGGUGAAGCUGGUACUGGUAAUGUUGUUGAAGCCGUCCGUCAUAUUCGUACUGUCAACGCCGAAAUCCGUCGUGCCUCUGCCAUGACUGAUGAAGAACUCUAUGCUUAUGCAAAGGAUCUUCAAGCUCCUUAUGCUUUGCUCAAGGAAACUGCCAAGCUUGGUCGUCUUCCUGUUGUUAACUUUGCUGCUGGUGGUGUUGCUACCCCUGCCGAUGCUGCUCUUAUGAUGCAAUUGGGUUGUGAUGGUGUCUUUGUUGGUUCUGGUAUCUUCAAGUCUGGUGACCCCGCUAAGCGUGCUAGAGCUAUUGUUCAAGCCGUCACUCACUACACUGAUGCCAAGGUUUUAGCUGAAGUUUCUGAAGACCUUGGUGAAGCCAUGGUUGGUAUCAACUUGGAUGAAUUACCUGAAAAUGAAAAGUACGCUAAGCGUGGAUGGUAAUUCUUUCUCUCUUUUUAUUUCUCCCUUCUUCACUUGUACAACUUGUAUAGAAACUCUCAUUUUCUCAUAUAUAUAUUAAAAUAAAGAGUAUUUUGUAUUUUUAUUCAGUA